AGAAGCCCACCGUGCUCUGGAGUCUUGCCCAACGCGGAAGGUACAGCGAGCCGAGCCUCAGUUCACUCUGCCUUGGCCUCAUUCGGAAGCCGUCCGCCGCAGCACCGAGGAGCCGUCCUUCAGAUAGCCCUCAUACCGCUCUCUCUCCAGCCGUUCCUCCAUCCCCCCUCUAAUUAUCCAUCUGCGAGGCCGUGGGAAGCCGGCAAGGUUGAAGCGCUCAUCCAGUCUGAGCCACUCUAUCAGUCCUGGUCUCUAGGAGUCAGUCAGACAUGUCGACUCUGCGCUUCGGACAGCACGUGAUCAAGGCCUCGGUCGUGUUCCUGCGGACGGAGCUGUCCUUCGCCCUGGUCAACAGGAAGCCCGUGGUGCCAGGCCAUGUGCUGGUGUGCCCCGUGAGGCCGGUCGAGCGUUUCCGGGACCUUCAGCCCGACGAGGUGGCCGACCUGUUCAGCGUCACGCAGCGAGUGGCCAGCCUGGUGGAGCGGCACUUCAACGCCACGUCGCUCACCAUCUCCAUACAGGACGGCCCUGAAGCCGGACAAACCGUGAAGCAUGUCCACGUCCACGUUCUCCCCAGGAAGAAGGGCGACUUUGAACGAAAUGACAACGUCUACAAUGAGCUGGAGAAACACGACCGCGAGGACUUGGAUGAUCCUUCCAAGUGGCGAUCGGAGGAGGAGAUGGCCGCAGAAGCUUCACUUCUGAGGAAACAGCUGGAGUAAUCCCAAAGGGAGGCUGCUGACGUCCAGGCCAGCGUCCCGCCGGCUGACGUCUGAACGCUGACGGGAACUCCGCUGAUCGGCUUUACUGAGGCCGGUUUGAGGAGCAGCUCCGAUGGCCACACAUUUUGUUUUGCUGAGUGGAUCCACGCCACAAUAAAUAAAACUGAG